CGGAAUGCUUGAAUCCGUUAGGCCAGGGCGUUGCCUUGUUUUGUUGAUUUCUGCUGUUAGGAUAAUGUUGAGAUGAAUACAAUUAUUUGGAUGGAUCGUGGAGCCAGCUGAUGAGUGAAACAUUGCUACGAGUGUGUCUAUUGCCGCUGCCUAUUAUACUAAGGUGAGCACCAGCUGCUGCCUUUUUGUUGCUGUCAAAUCCUGAUAUCCCUUGAAUAUUUGGAACAAGGAUGGUUGCCAUAAGAUCAUGUUGGUCUCCUUGCAUAUGGAACAGCAAUGUCAAAGUUGGAACCUACAUGGUUGCAGCUUAUACUGCAUCCUUCAGUGUUGUCCUAAUUACACUGAUUGCAUAUAUGAUGAGUGGUGGGGAAUCAACCCAGCUAUAUUCACCAUUAUUUGAGACGGAUGUCAGAGGAUCUAUGCUUGGUGUUGGAGGGUUUUUCAUUGCCUACCUGCUGCUGCUGAUUGCACUCUCUGUAUUCCUCAUUUUUGGUGUGGUGGAAACUAAUCGAGGAAUGAUGCUGCCAUGGAUGAUCUGCUUUGGAAUAGUAAUAUUGUUUCAGCUAGUUUUUGGCCUGUGGUUGCUUGGUGGAUACUACAUAUAUCUGGAUUCCGUUAUGGCAGCUCUUGUUGAUUGGCUUUGGAUGGCAUACAAUGCAUACUGCUGGACCUGUGUGUAUUCUUUGUACCAGAUAUUUAAGGAAAUGCAGUCUCCGAAUAUUGAACUGCUGUACCCGUGAACUAUAGCAGUUGCUCUGAUCAUCAGAAAAGCACCAUCUAAAUCUAUGAAUAGAUUAGAUAUAGUUACGACCACAAUUUUUUUUAAACGGGGAGUUACAUAUCAAAUAAGAGUGUGUAAAGUUUCAGGUUUAUAAGAGGAGGAAACUUUAAUUCAUGUACAAGAUUAUGAAUCUCAUAUUGAUAUUUUGUAUUUUUGUAAUGAAUAUUUACUCCAGUAUUUACAGAGACAGUGUGUAAAGUUUGAAGGAUGGUUUUUACGUGACAUGAAACUUCUGUAUUAUGAGUAACCAAAGAAUGAAUGCUAAUGACCUUUUGUGAAAGAAAAAGUAACAGGUGCACUCAUAAAGCAAGAGCUUUUUAUUUUGGAAGAGAUUUGGAACUUAAUUAUCAAGUGUGACAUUAAUAAUGUAAGGGUUUGUUUUAUCUGUAGCUUUCUUAUAAAUUUUGUUUUGUUAUUUUAAUAAGAAAGUGAUCUGUAGUGGCUUUUUGCCUUCUGUUCAGUGCUGCUUUUAUUUUCAUUUGUUCAGUGAAAUGAUUGGUCUCUCUAAACUGAAGUAUUGAGGCAACCAGUAUUGCCUUCAGUCUGCUCAUAAAAUAGUAACUGUAACUUUUUAUGAGAUUGUCAUGACCAGUUUGUCAUCAGUAAUACCAUUUAAGAAUACAUGCACCACCUCUGUUUUUGCAGUUCUCUUGUUUGUGGUUUCUUUAAUUGAAUAAGUGACAUGCAUUUUACUCAUUAACUGUGCCAAAUGCAUCCUAUAUUCAUUGUUUCUGAACUAGAUCCGUUGUUACAUAGUUACAAUCAAAAACUAGCACCAUGCUCCAGCAGAUAACAGUAAGAUAAGCCAGAAAUUGCUAGUUCAUGGUGGUGGUCUGUUAAUUAUAAUUCAUUUUUGUUUCUUUUCCCACAAAUGAAAACAAAAGGUGGCUUAAACACUUAAAUGUUCACAAAUGGAGGUUCCUACGAUUAGCAGCUAAGGGGAAAGUAUGAUUCGGGAGUUGCGUGAAGUCACCAAGAUAUUCACAUAAAGGCAUAUAAGAUCCAGCUGUGGCUCCUUUUACCAGAGCUUUGAAAAUUAACUUAAUUAUGGAAUCUUGUAGUUAGCUCUAACUCUUUCCUCUCUUAAUCAAAAUGUAUUAAGUGAUCUGGAUGGCAUUAUUCACAGAAGAAAUAUACCAUCAUAGUAUUUUUAGAUACUGUAAGAUUAGUAUAAACAACCCAACAACUAAUGCAUGUUGGUUGAGUAUGUGCUCAGCAAGUAAGUUUUAAUGGGAAAGUAUUUGUUGUAUUUUCUUAUGUUGCCACUACUGGCAUGAAGUUAAGUAUUUUUCCUCCUUUCUUUCCUCAGAUGAACACAGGGAUCUGGUCUCUCAUUAUGCGCACAAUAUCCAGUAAAAUUCCCCAGCAUGCUUUGGCUUUAUUAUGUUACUUCACGUGAAUAGAAACAGUACGUCCACUUCAAAUAAAAGUGUCCAUAGCAUUAUGUCUAUUUUUAGUUUUCAUUGUGAGGAAAGUUCAUUUGUGGAUCUUACCAUAUAACCAUUGUGAUUUAUAUUGCAUUCAUAUGAAUAAUACAUUGGAACACUAUGUUCUGGAACAUUUACUCCAUGCUACGGUAUCAGUAAAUACUACAAACUAGUUCCUGUCAACCAAUCAGACUUAGAAUUACCAUUUGUGGGCAUUGGUAUUCUGAAUGUAUGGAUAACACCCAUCUGUAGUUUUUCAAAGAUAAUGUAGAUGCAUUCUUAAAAUUUGUGUUCCGUUACACUUGUAGCCACUAUCUAGUUUACAUGUGAUUAUCACUGAAAAAACUGGCUAUUUUUAAAGUUAUUCUACAGCAAAGAGGCCUUGCUAUAUGUUGUACAGUUUUGUCAUCAUGCAGAUGCAAAAUUUGCUUCUGCCUGUUUCAGUAAUUAAAAUAUUCUUGCAUCACAGUCUUCCAACACACACACACACACACACACACACACACACACACACACACACACACAAAAACA